CUUUCUUGAGUCGAGGCCCUGAAUGGCAUUACAAUGGCACAGUGGAUGGUGACGACGGUGCCUGCAUCAAUGUCGGUAGAUCACCCACCCCUCUUUGAAUCAGCUCGAGCAAAGUAGAAAAAGGUACCCUUCACCCCGCCUUCACAGUCUGCAAUCCGUCUUUGUUUUCUCUUCCAGCUAUUCUUUACACUCCUACAGAGAACUCUCCUCGCGGUCCUUGCGUUUUGUACAGAGUUCCACCUUAGCCUAGCCUAUCCUCAUCGUUGUCAUCGAAAAUGGACAGCAUUCGAGCAAAGAUCAAGCGCCGUCUCAGCCACAAAGACAAAGAACCCGACUUUGACGACGUCGACUCGGCUGAUGAAGAAACCAUGGACUAUGUCACCAAAGAGGCCGAUGAUGCAGAGAAAGAAGGACAUGACGCAGGCAAGCCAGGGAGCUUCUUGAACCGAUUGAUCCUACAUGGCAACAAAAAGACCGAGGAUCAACUCGCUCGCGAAAUGGCAGCAUCCAACCCGUCGGCCGGCGGUGCUGACAAGGUGGUUACCCAACGAUGAGCGUGUCAAGUGAAAAGACCGGCAUAACCCCGAUUCCUUCAAGGAAGCAUUGAGAUGGGUAUUAGCGAAAAAAAAAAGAUUUGGUACACGGUAGCACACUAGCAAUACAAUGGAAAUCAUCCACUGCUACA